ACACUAAUCUCUCUUUCUCUCUCGACCAACCACGUCUAGAGAGAGAAAGAGCGGAGAGAGAUCCAAAACUCCGAACUCCCCUGUUCUCGCGUAUUCUCUCUCUCUCCUCUUGCUCUCCUUGUGCCCUAAUCGAUCGUCUUCUUCCUCGAGGGAUUAGAUCGUAGUAAUCCAUGGCGUCGAAGCGGAUCGUCAAGGAACUCAAGGAUCUCCAAAAGGACCCCCCCACGUCUUGUAGCGCAGGCCCAGUGGCUGAAGACAUGUUCCACUGGCAAGCAACUAUAAUGGGCCCACCAGAUAGUCCUUAUGCAGGAGGAGUCUUUCUAGUCAACAUUCACUUUCCUCCGGAUUAUCCGUUUAAGCCUCCCAAGGUAGCAUUUAGGACUAAGGUGUUUCAUCCAAAUAUUAAUAGCAAUGGAAGCAUCUGCCUUGACAUUUUGAAGGAGCAAUGGAGCCCUGCUUUGACCAUAUCGAAGGUAUUACUAUCCAUUUGCUCCCUACUGACGGAUCCGAACCCAGACGACCCGUUGGUUCCAGAGAUCGCGCACAUGUACAAGACGGAUAAGAACAAGUAUGAGACAACUGCGAGGAGCUGGACCCAGAAGUAUGCGAUGGGAUAGCAUCAAAAGAUGGUGGGAGAUCACACGGCUUAGCUGCCUUGUUAAUGUAGUUUGAUUUAUGUCUCUAAAAUGUGUACAAAAUAUUAUGUCACUGUAUCAUUUAACGUAAUCGGAAACUGGUGAGGAAGGCCGUGAAGAAGUAAACAUUGUUGUUCUAUUUUAAUCAUUUUCAAUGGAAAUGUGUGUUUGGACAAAAA